UCCCUCUCCUGCCCCCGCGAUGCAGAGGGAAGUCUGCGCGGGGCGUUUCUUUCUUGCGGCGCGUUUUCGCUUGGAAGGGCGGGCGGGGUGGCAAACCCGAAGUUGGCGCCCCGGGAGUUGUGCCUGGCGAGGCAGAACCCCUGUCCCCAGGCGCGGGGGGUUCCCCCUGCACGGGGCUGAGCCCAGCCCUGCCCGGCGGGCCGGGGCGGGCGGGCUGCGGGAGCGCCUCGCUCCCUUCGCGAAGGGAUGUGCCACGGCCGCUGUCCCACGGGAAUGCCGGAGGGAAAGGUAGGCCCGGUGCCCGCCCCGGAGCUUGGCAGGGCCGAAAUUUUGGAGGCUGAAAGGGAAACAAAUCAAGGACUGCUCGAGUGAAUGAAGAAUGCCUUUGCAGUGGCUCUGAUCUUUUCAGAUUGCAGGGAACUGUAACAAGCAUCCCUGCUGGUGUCAACUGAAUGCUGCUGGCGAGAGGGAAUUUCCCCUCUAUUCGUGUGUAGGGAGUCCUCUGAUUUUCCCUGAUCAACAGCACUCUGGGAGCAUCUUGAGGCAGCAGGCUUUAACCAUACACUUUCAACACUCUUCAUAUUUAGAAGGAAAAAUAAGGAGCUCCUAUUGUUGGCACUUCUUGAAUUGCUCUGCCUGUUGUUAGCUUGGCUGCUCUUUCCCAGUGCCAGCCAAGAAUAACUUUCCUCAUAACUUCCGUUUUAUAAAUAUGGGAUGGCUGAAAGGAGUGCAAUGAUGCACUAAAAAUAGCUGAGUGUAUUCAGGUCAGGCCCAGGCUGGCAGCAGUAACACAGUUGUAUUUUUAAACCACCGCAGCUGAUUGCACACAGAGCACACAGGUUUAGUGAUGAAGAUAAAAUUGAUGCACUCUGGGAUGUCCUUGUGCCUGAGCACCUGCCUGGCUGGUGUUGCACUUCAUCUUGCUUCGUCGAAGGACUGGGUUGCAUUGUUGCUUUUGAGCUUAGUGUGAGCCGUGGUGGUCGUGUGUUGCACUCAGCCUAAAACCACCCAGGGUAACUUCCUUUGCUGUUAGUCUUGAUUAUCUUAUUUUAUUUCUGUUGCGCAGAGGUGUUUGCUGUGGUUGAGAACCCCAGUGUGCCAGGAGCUGUGCGAGCAGAGGGUAAAACCACAGCCCUUGGCUGAAGGGAGUUUAUAGUUCAAGUCAGGAGGGCAGUAGGAGACAGUGUGACCCUCUGGACCAGUGUGAUAGUCAGAAGCCAGUUGUUUCCAGCUUCUUGGCAAAGGAAAUCUUGGAAAAGUUGAAGUAGAAUAGCUGGCUAAUGUCCCUCAAAAAAUCUGCCCUCCCAGCACACACUUGUUCAAAUACAUAACAAAGAGGCAGUGGAGCCUGUUGUCAUCAUUUGGCCAGAGAUAAAACCAGUCCUUCUGUAUCACUGGAGGGGUGCAGGGUCAAGUGGAGGGAGACUAGAAUAGGCUUUGAAAGUGAAGAGGUUUCGGUGCAGUAGGAAAGUGGAGGGACAGUGAGAGACGUGAUGCGGUUAUAGCUGUGGCUUAGAAAAAUGAUCCCUGCGGCAACACCCAGGAUGGGUAAAUAAGUAAAACACUACAUUUCAAGAGACAUAAGUGUUUGGAAAUGAGUAUUUGUCCCAUUCCUGGAAGUGUUCAAGGCCAGGCUGGAUGGGACUUUGAAUAGUCUGGUUUAGAGAAAGGUGUCCCUGCCCAUGAUUGGAAGGUUGGAACUAGGUGGUCUUUAAGUUCCCUUUCAGCCCACAUGCUUGAUUCUAUGAAAAAACAGAGGAUGAUGGUGAUGGACGAGUUUUAUUUGUGUUAGUGGACAAGAAAUACUGUAUCAUAUAGAGAUACAAAGCAGGAGAAGUUGAUGGGAUACUGUGAAGGUCUAAUGCUUGAAGCCUGAGAGGGAGAGGAUGGUUCUGGAGCUGAGUGGAUUACAUGCUGGUUGUGUCAUAUUGGGGCACAGGGGCUGUGCAGAAGAAGGCCUGUGGGGGGAAGGUUGAGGAGAGCAUGCCACCUACCUCCAGGCUGGUAGUCAUCCACAGCCCGGAUAUCAAAGGAGAGGCUGAGAGUUCAGCCUAUGCAGGAAGAUGGUCUGUGGCGAUAGGGCACAUCUGUGAGUAGCUGUCAGGAAACUUUAGCUGAAGAGGUAUAAGCUGCUGAAAGAUAAGAUUCAGAGUAACAUCCUGAAGGAUGAAAGAAGUUUGUAGUGCUCACAGAAACUUUGGGGGGUAUGGGAGUAGUUAUACAGCUUUGAGAGUGUAAGGAAUGGCAUCCAGGAGGGGAAGUGCUUUGAGAGGGUAAGGAAUGAUAUCCAGGAGACGACAACAUUUUAAAGCUAGAAAGCUGCUGUUGAAGACUUUGAAAAGAAUUUCAAAUAAGUGCAGAUAGCAGAAACCAGACAGUUCUUUAUUUCACCACACAGGCUCCCUAAUCAGGUACCCUAAAACAGGGGCACAGUUCUUACACAGCUGUCAAAGCUAUGGGAUAGGUCAGGAGCUUUUUGUUCUGUGCCGGAUAUUGCUUCAGUCACUUUGCCAAAUCCCGUCAGUGGGCAGCUGCAGACUUGUAGUUGCUUCAUCCCCUGGACUUUAUUUGUGUCCCACCUUUGAGCUUUCCUAUAGCUCUCUAUCUUCUUCAGUUCUUUGUCUGACCCUUUGAUUUUGCAUAAAUAGACAUCAUUUAUCAUCAAUUAUUAUCUGGCUGUGGAAAGGCAGAUAUUAUCUGGCCCUUCAGGCAGUUUGUAUGAGUUGUAACUUUUCUUAGUCUCCUGAUCCUUUUGAGGCAGUUGAUGGGGAAAAACUGUGGAGGGUUAAUAAUCACGCUGUUUGUCGUCAGUCCCUUAUCUAUACCAGUUUAGGCUGCGAUGUGCAAUUGUUCCACUCUCUUCCCUCAGCCCAGGAAAGAAGCUAACCUCUUUACCCUGGUGUGUAAAAGUGAAGAAACUUGAGUCAUGCUGUAUUGUUAAUAAAAAUGUUGCAAAAAUUUCCGCAGUCUCCUCAGCUCAAUCUUGCAGCAAAUACACAAGUGUGUGAGAAAUUGUCUGCACCCUAAACCACGGUGGUUUUGAUAUGGGACUGCCCAGAGUGCUCUGUAGUUAAGCAUGUUUGUCUCCGGGAGUGGGACUGAUAAAGCAAGUUUUUGUGUGUAAUAUACUGACGUUUUGCAUACAGGGACUCUCUAAGGGUAAGUAUGUUACUGUGAACAUACGGUAGCAACACUGCAGAAGAUGAUGGUUCUCAGUCUUAUCUCCUAUAUCCAUGUGCUUGAAACUGGAAUGUGGCUCUUUAUAACUAAGAAAGAAAAAAUCAAGGGUUUCGUUUCUCAAUAUUGUCUUAGAGAGAGCAGUUACAAACAGUUGUCAGAUCACAUAUCCAAUGAAAGAUAUUAUGAAAGGCUACUGGACGCUCUUUGUAAAGAAAAUAAAGCUUGUGCAUUUGUCUUUUUCACUGUCAUUGUCAUUAAACCUCGUGUCAUGGCAGUUUUUCACUCAGGAGUUUUGAACUUGGACCUUGAUGAUGCCUAAGAUGCACCUUAAUGUCCCUAGAAACAGCAAUGUUGUUCACUGCUGGAAGCAAUAAAGCUAGAACUGGUGCGGGGUUGGAUGCUGCUCACAGCAUGUUCAGCAGCCCUCUUCGUGGCAUCUUGCCUGAUACCAAAAGGGAUGGUUCUGUCUUCCAUCCCUCUCAGCAGGUCCAUGUGGCAUGCUCCAGCAUUCAUCCAGGCCUAUGGCAGUGCUGGGGCUUGCUGUGCCACUGCCUGGCUGAGACAGUGUGCAUGGGUAGGCUUUCCAGUGCUGAUUGCAUUUAGAGAAGGGGCCACAUGAAAGCACUGCUCCUGGUUCUUACCUCUGUAAAUCUGUCCUAAUGGGAAGGACUUCUUAAGACCACAUCCUUUCUCCUGAUUUUUUUUGUUUGUUUGUUCUUUUAGAAAAGAAAAUGGUGGCAAUCUUUUGCUCUCACUGCUUUCCCAACAGGAAGUUCAGGGGGUCCCCGACUGCAUUUGGAUUUUGAUGUUAGCAGUUAUGUUUUCAGUGAUGACUGUGACUAGAAAAAUGUGUGUCUGUAUGUCAUCAGACGUGUGUGCGUUAGAACAAAAUUUAAGCUCAUCCUGGUAAUUCGAAUGAAUAACCAUUGAGUUGAUUCAUAGAUUUCUGUAUAGAUACUGGUGAAGUUCUUUAUUAAGACUGAGUCAAAGGGUCAGGGUGUGGAAAAUUAAAACCAAGAAUCAGUUAAGCCUAGCGAAUCUCUUCAUGGCCAAACCAACUGAAGUCCUGGAUAGUGUGUCCCCAUGGGGCCGAGAAAGAGACAUGGGCUUCAAAGCCUCAAAGACUUAGUUCUGCAAAAUGUGUAAUGAACUAUUGUUUGUUAGGAAAAGUGAGGACUCACUUUGGCUUCAAUGCAACAAAAGAUAAAAAAUUAAAACCUCUUAGGUGUCUUGUUCUCCAUCUGUUCCUGUUACUUUUUUUCAGUAACUUUUGUUUAUUAUUUUGUUCUUAUGUCUCUUCCUUCAUUCACUUUCCUAAAUGCUGUUACUGUCUGUCUUUUCACUCAACUUCAUCCCCUUGAAUCUGCUUGAAACUUGGUCAGGGUUUCAGCACUGAAGUUGGCGUUGGACUGAUUGCAAACAAUAACACUGGCCUGUUGCUCUCUACUCAUCUGCAGACAGAUUGUUUAAAAUUAAGAUCCUGUUCCCACUCAACUUCUCCAUUUGGGGUUUUCCCCAAAGCUUCCCAGAAGCAGAUGGUGCUUCCUGGAGCUGUGCUUACAGAGCAUUACACUUUAUGCAGCGCUGUCUCCUCCUGACAAAACCAGGCGGAUGUGUCCUUCCCUCAGAGCUGCCAGGUUCAAAGAAAGCCCAUGUACAAGCUGUUGUGCUGUUCUGAUGUCAGCCUGGUCCAAGAUGGUGUACAGUCUACAGCUUCACCAGGAAGCACUCUGAGGACAGGUUCAUGGCAAGGAUGAAAGGAUACCUUCUGGUAUAAAAAGCUUGACUGUAGAAGUGAGCUUAGGCUGCGCUUAGAAAUGCAUCUUGGAUCAAUUGAUUUGGUCCCGUAAUGAAGCAGCAUGCCUGCAAGUUCAUGCCUUUCCUUUUCCCACUGACUUCAUGAUGCAAUGACUAGUCUGUUCCAGAGCUUCAAGGAAGAUUCAUGAGAACAUGCAGGAGGUUGAGAUACCUCUUGGGAGGGCAGAUGGAAAUUGAAAUAGGUUAGAAAUGCUCUGGGAGCAAGCUUAGUUAAAGGGAAAAGGCUAAAGAGGGUAUAUGUUACAUUUAUUACAAGACAGAAGCUUUCUUUGAAAAUUAGUAUUUUAUAUAACAAGAGACUUAAAAAUUAUUGCUUUUAUAGAAAAUAAGAUACUUUAUUUUAGGGGAUGAAGAAAAAAAAGCCAAGAGACCAGAAAGCAAGGGGAGGGGGCAGAGAAGGAAAAAGAAAGAGUGGGGGAAGAGAUGGAGUCACUGGCACUGCUGCAAGGGCAGCACGUUUUUGGCUGGCAAGGGAAGCUGAUGCACAAUCAGUGGAGAUGAAGGCUGCCCAGAAUCCUGUGUGCAUGAUUAAGUUCUGCCUACAAAAUCAUUAGGGUUUAUGGUCACUUAAAUUAUUACAAACCAAAAUAUAAAUGUUUAUUUUCUUAAAAUGGAUUUUAUUUCAGUUUGAGGGUUCCGUUUAAAUGUGACAUGCCUGUGCAGCCAGUAGCAUGAGCUGAUGUGACUGAGCCAGUGCUGUUUCCUCCAUGAGCUGAUGCUUCACUUCCUGCAGCGAGUGGGUUCACUUGGGCCUGCCAAGGCUGCCUUGGAGGGAUAAAAAGGGUUGGACCUGGGUUUUCCAUAUGUCCUUAUGUGCUUCCUGCUGCCCAUGUAUUUUUUUUUUUGUCACAUCAAUAACCACUUUUGUGAAAGGUAAAAAAUAUUCUGUAUCAUUGAUUAAAAACUGUGAGAAACAUCCUUGGUAACCUUGCGUUGCUCCAGAUGGUAAAUUCUGCAGUCCCUUCAUCAUUUCAGUAAGGCAAAAUACUUUUCAGUGGCUCGCCUUUUAUCCUAACACUUCUAAAACAUUUUUAUACAUGAUCUUUUUCAAAGGUACUCUGGGGGAUUUCCACUCCCUUGCUGUUUUAAAAUGCUCAUACUCUUGUGUUAACCACAAAGCUUACGCUGGUGCACUCUGUCUCUCUUUCUCUCUCUCUCUCAUUUUCUCCCCAUUGAGGACCAGCUACCAUUUCCAGGUAAGGCUUUACCAGAACGUGUCUUGUUAAUGCUGGCAGGAUCUUACCAUUGCUAGAAUUAUUUCUCAUUUCUGAAGGGCUCUUCAGGGGUACACUGUGGCACACAGGGGUGUGAGUGGCACAGGGCUGUGCUGGGGGAAGGCUGCAGACCCCAAAACAUCUCAGAAACUGCAUUCACCCCUGAACCAGCAAAGUGGUGCCACAGUGUCAUAGGGGUGAGUGGCAGAGCCUUGUUGCUGAAAUUUCUGUUGUUGCUUGGGAACGUGCAAGCCAGGGAUUGCUACAGAAGUGAUGGGAACAAAGUUAUUUUCCAGCUAUGAGUGUGAUUAUUUUAAGGCAAAAGUUCUCUGUAUUACUGUAACAAUAUUGUGUUGGUUAGACAUAGAGAGAUAAUGCAAAAUUAAUUCAUUAUUUUUAGAACAUCCAGGGAAAACAGUAGAUGUAGCAAAUAAAUAAACUGGUUGUAAAAUCAGAGCUGCUUCAGCACCAGACAGACUUCAUUGGUUGUAAGAGGGUAUUUUUUAAUUUUUUUUUUAUGCUAUCUGUGUUGUAAUCUGUGUCUUAAAAACUUGCUGAUGUCUAGUCUUACGGGAAUUCAUUGUAAUGCUUGACUGUACCUCUACGCAAAGGAAACCCUACCGUCUUACUCUGCUUAGUGAAAAUUUGCCUAUGGAGAUUAGCAAACUGAUGCUUGCUUAGUAAGAUUUUACUGUGCCUUGACAAUAAGGUAAUACUGGAAUUUGGAUAGGAUAGUAUUGUCUAUAUCCAAAAGAAAAGGUUUGUUCUGCUGUCCUUUGCAGCAACAUCCCCUGUAGGUGCUCAGGCACAUAUCCAAUAGGAAAUUGUUGCUAUUAGAAAUAUUCUGUCCUGGGUACCAGCUGGUCACUGCACUGCAGUUUUGAAGUGGUUAGGAUAACAGGAGAGCAGCUCCUGAGGCUGACUUAGUGCCAGGUGAAGUGGGAGUAAGCCCUGAGUAUCAGCAGUGGGUCUGUGUUGGUGCAGUAGGGGAUCCUUUCCCUCCGCAGCCUCUGUACUGGGGUGACACACGUCAUGCAGCUGGGGUUCUUCUCCCCCAUGGGGACUCUGCAAUUUUGUUUUGUUGUCAGCAGUCAAAAUGUUGUAUCUCUUCUGGGUUGGAAGGGACAAGGAUGAUCCCUCAGUGAUGUCAGAUGUCAUAAUCUGCUGUUUUCACAUGACUCCAUAUAAUUUGCUAUAUCUUAAAUAUGUAUCUCAAACUGUAUAGAUAUUUUUAGCCAUUCUUUAGCAGACUCUGUUACCUCUUCCACUCUGUAUGUUAAGAGUUGGGGCAUAUAUUUCUUGUCCCCAAAAUACAGAGAAGGCAUUAUAGUAAAUAGUAAAUCAUACAACUUUGUUAUUUUAAUUAAAAAAUAUGGAGGUAGCUACUCUACCUAGCUUAUAAGGCAGCUUGGACAGGGUCAUUUUAGUGCAAGGUGUGUUCCCGUCCAUCAUGUUUCUGCCUGUCAGCUCCCAAUGAAGUGACUUGAUCUUAGACCUCUAAAUUUGACAAACUUUUCCCACUGUGACUAAGACAGGCUUCCAGUUCUGAUGUACCAUAAAAGGUACAUAAUUUGAGAGAGAGGGACAGGGCAUCUUUUAAGACUUGUCCCUGCCAGGUGCCUUAGGGCAAAGCAAUAGAGCUGAAGUAGAGCUAUAGGAACAUAGGUGUAUAACUUUUUUUCUAUUCCCUGUUGUAUGUAUUUCAUGGAAGCAUGGUAAGUGAAAAAGUAAUCACAGUGCUUUUUAUUGAGCAAUACCCCAAUCCUGGAGAGUUGCUGAACAUUGCCUUCCCCUCAUGCAGUGAACAUAGCAGAAGCCAUGCUCUCAGCCCCCAUUUGCUGGGCAGCAGGACCAAGGAUCCUGUCGUCUAGUCCACGCAUGGUGACCAAAUCUCUGAUAACAACGCAGAUAUUUGCCCUUCUCAGUCUAAAAGGCAUGGGUGGCACCCAGUGCCUGUGCCUCAGGUCUGCUGUCCUGGAAGUUUUGGUGCUGCAGCCUGCCGUAAUGGUGCACUCGUAGCUCAUAUGUGCUGAUCUUUCAGGGGGGUUUGGCUUCAUGUGAGAGGAAACAGGAGAAAAAUACUCUCUUUAAGAAGAGCACCCACAUUAUAGGCAAUGUUUAAUCUGUGUGCAGAAAGUAUAUUUUUGUGACUAAAAGAAGUUAAUCUGUCCACAAUAGUUCAAUGGGACAUCAGGUUUGUAUAUGGCCUUUGUCCAUUCUGACUACUGGUGCCAUAGAUAGGCAGCAGCACUGCUGGAGGGGAGCUGUUUGAACAUGGCUUUAAAAUGUUAAUGCCAUUUUAUAUCCUAGUAAGUCAUGCCCAUACUGAUUUUUCUCCUUAUUAUUAUGUUGUACUCAUGUCUUGCUCAGUUUCUGAACAGUUAGAAAUACUAAGUGGGGUGUAUUUUAAUGGAAAGUGUUUGGGCUCAAUUUGGUGUGGUGGUAGUUAAAAUAGGAUAGCCCACAUUUAGUAAAGUUUAUUUUUGUUAUGAAAAUUCUCCUCCUUGGAUUACUUCCAAUGAAGUUCAAGCAUCUGUGUAUAAAGAGUUGUUCCAGAACCAUUUUGCUUGCGCAGCUAUUGGUGCAGGCCAGGGCUGGGAUGCUGAAGUGGUAGGAAGGUGCAGCUGGGAGCUUUUUGUGCUGUGCUGCCAUUGAGCUCCCACUCACUGGUAGCUGUUUAUAGGACUUGGGGUUAGUUUUUAGUGAGUCAUACUGCUUUUUUUUAUGUGUGGCCAGAAUUAAUUCUAUUUAUUUCAGUAUAUGGAAAUCCAGGUUUUUUAAUGUGUAGAUUUUCAGUCUCCAUAAACUGGGGGGUUUUUUGUGUGCGUGCUGUUGCAGUGGAGGUGCAGUGAAAAUCCCUUUACUGCAUGCACUGUGUGUCUGCCACAAGAGCAUCAUUAUACAGCAUAAACCCGCCUCUCUCUGCUAUUUUAAAACAGCAUUAUGGUUCACACGUGUGCUGAAAAAUCUGAGAGUACGCAAAGACAGGACACCUUCCCCUUGCUGUGAGCAGGCAGAAGUGAAAGCGUCCCUCAUCCCCUACCUACACUGGCCAGGCAUCAGCUACAGAGGGCCCAGGUGCUGGAAGCCAAAAGUGGAAGAAGAGCUUCUGUGACCCGCCCGAGUCACUGGUGAGCACUGGGAUGGGAAUUACUUGCUGCCUGUGAUGGUUUGGAUCACAUCCCGCCGAGCGCUGGCUGGCACUAGGUCUGGCUGCUGUUUCUCAGCUCCUCUCCCCAGCUGAUUCAUACAGGCACCUCUCCAGCUUGGGCAAAGCAUUGCCAUCCACAGGCCCUCUCCUGGGGCAGCCCAUUUCCUCCAGCAAAACAGCUGCAAACCCUGCAGCAAACCUUCUGCAAGGCUGUCAGCAGUGGCAAACAUCCCUGCUGGGCACCCAGAGGUUUGCGUUCUGCCCUCUUAGCAGGCAGGAUCACCUUUCACCUGAAAUGCUCUUUCCUGUGCCCUGAGCUGCCCUUAGCUGUGCAGUGCAGUCCUGAGUGAGGCUGAGGUGGAGGAGGUUCUUUCACGGAGGGUCUCCAUUUUUUGGGUUGGGUGCAUUAUGAAAGUGUUUAAGGAGAUAAAGGCUCUCAUUUCAACAAGAGAAUUGGAAGGUGUUGUACCACAGCAGAGUGUUCCUUGCAGAAAGAGAUGGGAAUGAUUUUGGUUGAUUUAAUGAACAGUGAGAGCUCUGAAGGAGUUUCUAGAUAGGAUUUUGGACUGGUGACUAUGUUUCUUCUUAAUGUGUCCCAUAACUUUUUUGCCUAAAGCAUCUGUUCACUGCAGCUGGAAGAAAUUCUGGAGUUAAGGAAGACCUUUAACAGCAAAAUGGAUAAAACAUUGAUUUUUUUUUUUAUGUGUGUUUUUAGACUGUGUGGCAUUAGCUUGCUAAACCAUGCCAUCAGAUGAUGUAAGUAAUGGAGUGUAAUAGGACUCAGGAAAGUGGAUGCCAUGUAAAUGGGAGAGAGCACUAAUAAGAAAAAGGAAGGAAAAUUGUUUCAGGGUUCUCACCUGCUGACAAGAGAAUGAGUUCUUAGGCAGUUCAUCCUGUAGGUAAUCUGUGCUGUGGAAAUUGAUGGUGGCAGCUCUCCAUCUGCCUCUGAAGCAGCAGGCAUGCUCUGCUGCUGGCAUCUGCUACAGAGGCAGCCCAGGCAUGAGGGUGGUAAUCCCUCAGGCUGCAUUUUGGCAUCUCUGGUUGACGUGAAGAAAUUAGAAUUGGUCCUUAUUAAAUGUCAGGGAACUGGGACCCCCAUUUUCAGAGAAGAAAAGGUCAGCUGUUUAAAAAUGAAAGGACCAAAUGGGCAACCAUCUCUAGUCUGAAGCAGGAGGCUGUUCAUGUGGAGGGACCAAACAGGGUAAUUUGCAAACUCCAGUUGGAAUAAUAAGUCUUUAUGCCUGAAAUAUGAUUAAGGUUCAUAUUCCUGAGGGCUGUCGAUGUUGGGUGAUCAGUUGUACUGCAGUAUGUCAGACAUUCAGCCUGGUGGAUAACAGGGAGACCCUCACAAGCUGGGAAGGUAAAUACCGAGUACAACCAUGAACAAGGGUGCUGAGUUACAGGAGCACUCAAAUGUUUGCUGUGGAAUACAUUUUAGUUGUUUAAGUGCUUUGGCUUGUUUUUUGUUCAGGUACACUAACUGUCCACAGGAAUUCCUUGCCCAGUGUGGGUUGUUAAAAUAGAAAGGAAAAUGGAUGUUGCUUUCUGAAGCCUGAUGUGGUCUGUGGCAGUGCUGCACUGUGCAUAGCGCAGCACUAGUCACUGCUUUCAUGGGCCAGGAACACACUGCAGCAGAGAGGCAGGGCAGUGUGUCUGUACUUGCCAUAUUAUUUCAUGCCAGCCAAAAGGUUGGUGGUGUGUUGGCCCUGCUUCGCUCCGAAGGCAGCAGAUACCCUCAGUGACCUUACAGCAGCUGAGUGAGAGCUCUCAGAGAGGUGCUGAAGCUAGUAAGAGUGACUUGAGUGUCUGACAGGGUGGGUGGUGCGCACAGAGGAGAGAUAGCGUCCCGUGGCACCGCUAUAAAAUUGAGCACUUCUCCUGUGAAACAGUCUGAGAGCUCAGGUGUUGUGCUUUUGUGUGCAUCCUGUAAGGAAAAUGUCUUCUGAGUGCAAAGCUACAAGAAAUGGAAACCAGAGUGGCUCUAGGUCUUGAGCUACUUGCAAAAAAACUACUGUGAGAUUAAGGGACUGGUGACAAAGGUCUCGAGGUUUGUGUCUUAAGGCUGGAAAAAAAUGUUGAUAGUUUUUCCUACUGGGAAAUUGCAUUCCUGUGCCACGUAUGAACAUCAGUAGGUUGAAAGAAAAACUUACGUCACACCUCUGAUUGCAAUCUCACUUUUCUUUCUUUUUUUUCCACCACUUCUUGCAGACAGGAUUAAUAUAGCCAAGGACUUGCACAUAAUUUAAUAAAACUUUGGAAAAGUAGGAGUUUCCUGCUAUAAAUGAGAGAUCAACAGAAAAAAGAAAGAUGUCAAGUUAAGAGGCUUCAACUCCUGCAACACCUAAACUGAAGCUGGUGCCGUGUUUCCCUCUGGAAUCUGUCUCACCCCUCUCCAGAUGCCAGCCCUCCCGCGAGCGGCACCCUGCUGCAAGCAGUAGCUGAUGCAGCGUGGCUACCAGUGAGUAUUUGAAGAGAUUCCCCCUGUGUCUGGUUCCCAGUGCAGCUCCCAUGGCCUAUGACGAACCCACUGCUCUCUCGGGCAUCUUCACACGCCAGAACUCUACCAGCACCACCUCUCUGGACUUUGAGCCUGACGCCGACUACAAGUUUGUUGAAACCUUAGAGGAUCGGUACAAGUGUGCCUACUGCCACCUCGUCCUUCACAACCCCCACCAGACAGGAUGUGGGCACCGAUUUUGCCAGCAGUGCAUUCUUUCUUUGAGGGAGUUAAAUGCAGUACCCACCUGUCCUGUCGACAAAGAAACAAUAAAAAUGCACGAGGUAUUCAAAGACAACUGCUGUAAGAGAGAAGUUCUCAAUUUGCAUGUGUUCUGCAAAAACUUUCCUGACUGCAAUUCAAAAAUAAUUCUGGGACGAUAUCAGGAGCAUCUUCAGCAGUGUUUGUUUGAAAGCAUGCAAUGCACUAAUGAUGGAUGUUGUGAUCAAAUUCUUCGGAAAGACAUGAAAGAACACUUGAGCCAGCACUGUAAAUUUCGAGAAGAAAUGUGUCAGUACUGUAAUACAUAUGUGGUGUUCAUUAACAUAAAGAAUCAUGAAAAAGAUGACUGUCCUAAUUAUCCUGUGCCUUGUCUCCAAAAUUGUUCACAAAUAAUUCUGAAAAAAGAGAUUGACAAGCACCAGGCUGUGUGCCCUGAGGCAGAAGUGGACUGCCCGUAUAAGCAGUACGGAUGUCUUGCAAAGGUUAAAAGAGGGAAACUUGCUGAACAUGAAAACACUGCCCUGAGGGAACACAUGCUGCAGAUUUUAGACAAGAACUCCCGGUUGGAAGAACAGAUAUCUGACCUAUAUAAGAGCCUGGAAUGUAAAGAGAUUAAAAUCCAGCAGCUGGCAGAGGCCAUUAAAAAGUGUGAGAAAGAAUUCAGGCAGUAUACACAACUGUUUGGUAAAAAUAGCAACUUGAUGGUAAGCACACAGGCUUUGGCCAGCCACCUGGAUAAGUCUGCACGCCUGGAAUCACAAGUGAAACAGCUAAUACAGAUGGCAAACCAGCAGCAGAGUAAAUUAGACUUGCGGCCCCUGUUUGACACAAUCGAAAAUGUAAAACAGAAGAUUGCUCUGAUGGAGACAUAUGAUCAGCGCUUGGUUGUUUUGGAAGAUCAGUCCAGCAAACAUGAUCUCCAGAUCAAUAUUCACAAAGCACAGCUCAAUAAAAAUGAAGAACGAUUUAAGCUUUUGGAAGGCACGUGCUACAAUGGGAAAUUAAUCUGGAAAAUCACAGACUACAAGAUGAAAAAGAAAGAAGCGGUGGAAGGCCGUGUCCUCUCCAUAGCCAGCCAGCCCUUUUACACCAGCCGCUGUGGGUACAGGUUGUGUGCGAGAGCCUACCUGAACGGGGAUGGCUCAGGGAAGGGAACACACAUCUCUCUCUACUUUGUAGUGAUGAGGGGGGAAUUUGACUCGCUGCUGCUGUGGCCUUUCAAGCAAAAAGUUACACUUAUGCUUUUGGACCAAAGUGGGAAAAAAAAUCACAUUGUGGAAGUCUUUAGAGCCGACCCCAACAGCAGCAGUUUCAAAAGGCCAGAUGGGGAAAUGAAUAUCGCCUCCGGAUGUCCCCGCUUCGUGCCGCACGCGGUCCUGGAGAACACAAAGAACACCUAUAUCAGAGAUGACACUCUGUUUUUGAAAGUCGUCGUGGAUUUAACUGAUCUGGAGGAAUUGUGAAAAUUGUUCCCAAUCAAUGUGACUGCUUUAACCAUUAAGAACUGCUUUCUUGGUGACUACCAGCCAUGCAAUAGUGAAUUGCCACCAGUCAAGCUACUGAGAAUGUUUCACAGCUUUUGGACUCAUAAGAGAUAAUGAAUUGCCAAAGUGUCAGCCUUUCCUUUUUUAACCCUUUUUUCAAGACUGCAUUUUUAAGGCAGCUAGAAGUCCGGUUUGGUGCAAGCAUGCAUUCAAUCCAGCUUGGCUCAGUCCAGGCUGGGGGGAAUGCUUUUCUCCCAUCACCAAACUGGUGCUUGGAGAUGAAACUCCUCCAGUAACCUCCCUGGAGCCCAGGCAGGCCAGUGGGCUCCCAUCCCUCACACAGCAGUGAAGCCAUGCCCAAACGUGCAAGUGCAUUUCACCUGCCUGCAAUAGAAACAUUUCAGCAUUAGCAAAUUUGAAUCAAUAUGUCUUGGUCCCUCCAUCUCCUGGAUUUUUGAAGAGGGGAGAAUGGCUUCAGUUAGGCAGGGAAACCAUUUGCCAAGUAUCUUGCAUUUUUGUAAUUUGUUUUAAUUAUGUUUUUCCAGAAAGCCCAGAGGAAGGCACCAAUGCCUCUUACUUUUUUAGCCUGGUUUUUCAGCUAUAUAGAGUACGCCCAGGUCACAACAGCUUUCUUAUGUCCUUUCCUUUCCUGCCUAGUGCCUUGGGACUGAUUUCCAUUAGUGGUAAACAUCCACAGUCCCCAUCUGAAGCCAAAAGCUGCAGGCACUUCUCACCUCUCAGGACAUGGCCAGAGGCAGGGCACUCGGCCAGCCUGCCAGCUCUUGGCUGUGCUGUUGGAAGAGGGGCAAAACUCCUGUUCUUUUUCUUCCACAUCUGUGCAAAAUUGAUGUUUUCUGGCCUACAAGCUUUAUAAAAGGCAGGAAAAGCUUUGGAUGUCUGCCUGGGAGAAAGCCCACGUAACAUGCACUGUUCCUCUCUCCUAGAAAUUUGGAUGUUAGGGGAAGAAGGGGGAAAAGGGAUUUGGGAGUGAGGUUGCAGUAGGAACCCAAUUCUCACAGAUAGUGCAGCUCUAGUGUUUGUUAAAGGGUGACACAGCCACCCUUUAACAACUUGUUCAGUUUGAAGAACUUCUUGU